AUGACAAUUGGGAUUCCAUUAAAGCUUUUGUAUGAAGGGCUUGGACAUAUUGUCACAAUAGAAAUGAAAUCAGGUGACCUUUAUAGAGGAACACUUGCGCAUGUUGAAGAUAAUAUGAACUGUAUGUUAGAACAUGUCAAUGCAACAAUGAGAGAUGGUAAGCCAAUUGCUCUUGAACAAUGUUAUCUUAGAGGAAGCCAAAUUAGAUUUUGUAUACUCCCAGAUAUGCUAAAAAAUGCCCCGAUGUUUAAGCUGGCAGCAAAUGCAAAGAAUAGAGCUAGUAUAUUAGGGGCAGCUGGAAACAAAAAGGCAUUUGCAACAAAAUCUUUAUUGAGAGGAGCUAACAAAGGGAGGCCUGGAAGAGGGCUACCUACCCAUAGUCAUUAG